CACUCAUCAACGCAACGGAGCCGCGGCGCGGUACCCGUCGACGUCCAAAAAUGGCGUUCCUCGCGGCGUAGCUCGCCGAAGUCCGCGUAGCCGGCGCUCACCGACGUCGUCGUGAUCCGCGCUCGAGCUCGCCGACCGAUCUGCUGGACCCGGUGGACCUGGCCAGCGGGCGCCACUACGAGGAACAGCCGACGUACUCGAGAAUGCAAUCGACCGAACAGUUGCGACCGGAGCAGCUGGUGGGCCUGGUGGCCCGCUCAGCUGAGGGAACGGCCGCCAAGGGGAUGCCGAUCAAGGGCCACGAGGACCUCUGGGUGGAGAUCCAGGCCAACACCUUCCGCAACUGGGUGAACGAGCACCUGAAACACGCCAGCGACGUGGGCGGCGGACCCGUGCUGGACCUCGCCGAGGACUUCAGGGACGGCACGCGUCUUUGCGCCUUGGUCGAGGUGCUCACGCAACGUCGUCUACCGCGGUGGAACCCCAGGCCGGCGAAUCAGCACCACCACCUGGAGAACGUGUCCACGGCGUUGCAGGCCAUCGAAGCCGACGGUGUGAAGCUCGUCAAUAUCGGUAACGUGGACAUCGUAAACGGUAACCUGAAGCUGAUCCUGGGCCUGAUAUGGUCGCUGAUUGUGCGCUAUCAAAUAGGCAAAUCCAAGUUCCCGCCGAGGAAACUCAUGCUCGCAUGGCUCAAGGCUGUCUUACCGGAAUGCAGAGUCAAUAACUUCACGACCGACUGGAACUCCGGCGUGUACCUGAGCGCGCUUUUGGACUACUGCAACCCCGGCCUGUUCCCUCAUUGGCGACAGCUCGAUCCGAACGACAGCGUUUAUAAUUGCCGCAAGGCUAUGGAGAUGUCGAAACGGGAGUUCGAUAUUCCCAUAGUGUUGGAGCCGGACUACCUCGCCUCGCCGUACUUGGACGAGCUCUCGGGAAUGACCUACUUAUCGUACUUCAUGAAGGAAGGCUCGCCGGGCUUCCACGCAACGCUACGAUGGGUCAAUUCGCAAUUAUCACAUACCUCGAUACGGAACUUCACGACGGACUGGAACGACGGUAGAGCACUGUGCGGAAUCGUCCGAAAUCUAGGUGGCCCGGCGCCACCCUACGAGAAACUCGACACCGACCCUUCCAUGUGGGAACACAAUUUACAAAUGGGUAUCGACGGCGGCAAGAAACUGGGCGUGGAGCCUAUUCUGAAAGCGAAAGAUAUGGCGGACCAGAAUGUAGAGCAUUUAGGCGUAAUGGCAUACGCCGCGUACUUUCAGUGGGUGAAGCCUCGCCCUCAGGCGAGCCAGCAGAUUGCCGUACACAUCGACAGCACAUCCGCCAGAGCGCAACAGCCGGCACACUUUAAGCUAGAGAUGCUGACCAAAGAUGCAAACGCGAGAGAAGUGCGCGGCGAGAUCAUCAGCCCCAGCGGACGUGUCGAGUGCAGGCUCACGUGGAACGGAGUUCACGGAAAAGGCACUUUUGUGCCUACGGAAGUCGGCAUGCACAAGCUGAUGGUAUACAACGACGGCGAGCUGGUGAACGGGUGUCCUUAUUACUUCAGGGUCUUGCCGCCCCUAACGAAAAUCAAAUCUCCGGGCAUGGAUCCUUGCGCCAUAGGGUCUAUCGUCGAGGUUCUAGUCAAUAGUUACGGAACUAGUCAUGAUGGUAUCGACGUGACCGCAUGGUCGCCGACCGGCAGAUCAUUGCCGUGCCCCGUCAAAGAAAACGACGGCGUACACACGGCAACUUUUCAGCCCGACGAGACGGGGGAAUGGAGCAUCGCGAUAACGCAUAAAGGAAAUCACAUACAAGGCGGCCCUUUCACUUGCUUCGUGUUCGACCCUAACGGAAUCAAGCUCUUGGACACCGACGGCGCCAUGCCCGGACAACCGUUUUCCUUCAUCGUCGACGCGAGAGGGACCGGCGGGCUCGGCGACGUGAUCAUCGACAUAGUGCAUGAUAAACAGUCAGUGACUUACAGGAUGGAAGACUUUGGUCACAUGCAGUAUCGCGUAUCCUUCGUUCCCGGCGAUGCCGGCAAGUACAGGGUGUACGUGUACUUCAACGGUUCGGACGUGCGCGGCUCACCGUUCUCUAUACGAGUAGGCACGCAGAAGGGCUCCAAACGGUCGAAGGAGUCCACGUCCAGUCUGGAGCGAUCGAAGGUGUCGUCUCUGGAGCGACGGAUGAAUGGACUGAACGUCUCUGCGACGGAGAGGUCCAGCCCGACUCAGAAGAUCUACACGUCUACCGCGUAUAAGUCUAUCAGUCCGACGCAGCGUGGUUACUCGCCCGUCCAUCAGACCAGCCCGACCUACAAGACGUCCAGCGGCAACUACGUCAACGAGAACUCCAGCAGCUCGAUGUACCACAGCACCAGUUCUCUCAACCGCACUCGUUCGCCGAACCUCAAUCACAGUCCUGUGCAAAGAAACGUGCACAGUCCGUCAGUGCUGAAAGAGACGAAGGAGAUCUACAGUAGCAACAGCAACGUAUACAAUCAGCACUCAAGGUCACCAAAUCUGCAGAGUCCCAGCUUCAUCAAGGAAUCUAAAGACAUCUACUCGUCCAGCACACUCAACAGAUCGCGUUCGCCGAACCUGAGCCCGACUACGCCGCUCGGUUCGCGUCAUUCUCCGAUUAUCAAAGAGUCCCGGAACAUCUAUAGCUCAGAAUCUCUAAAGAGAUCGCGUUCUCCGACCCGCAGUCCUAUGAUGUACCGAAGCGCCACACAGAGUCCAGUGAAUCGCAGCUUCAGCCCGCGCAGCGGCGACAAGGACAACGGUGUUGUGGACACCAGCAGCAACGUACGAGUGUCGUCGAUGGUCGGCGGCACUUCCAGACGUGAUUCCUGGGACGCUAUCGCCAAGACGCGUUCGUUGCUGUCAUACGGCAGUCUGGAGUCCUUGGCGAAUCUGACCAACAAUUCGCCGAACGCCGACAAUGCCGGCGCCGGAAGUCCGAAUAAUUUCCUCAAUAAUAAUUAUAAGAACGCACAGAGCUAUUCCACCACCACCACCACCACCACCGCCAACAAUACCACGAAGAACAUGACGUCGCACACCACGACGAGUUACUCGACUCUACAGAAAUCGUCGAGUCCCGACUACGGUACAGGGCAGAAGUACAGUAACGAUGGUCAGCAGCACACCCGCACGCAUGGCAUCCUGAAGAACAAGAAUAACAACUAUUAUGGCAACAACAAGGGCGUAGACACGACGGACACAGCUGCGCACGAUCGCUACCUGAAUAACGGCAGUUCCGUCUAUGUGUCGACGCCCGCAUCGACCGGCAAGGGCUCGGUCAUCGCUACCGGAAGCGCGCUGGAAACGCUGCCGGUGCACCGGCCAACCACUUUCAGUAUCGCUUCCGCCGUGGAUCCCAAUAAGGUGUCCGUCACCGUCACUGGUCCAAACGGCAAGAGCGUGCCGGUACAAAGAUGCCGGUCAAAGCUGCGAGGCUUGACAUAUACCAUUACCGCUGAAGAAGUCGGCGAGCACGUGAUCCAAGUUCUCGUGAACGGCCAACAUAUUAAGGGAUCUCCCUUCAGGUCACAAGCGUAUAACGCCCGAGCUAUACAAGUUGGGAACAUCCCGAACGGAGUGGUGAACCAGCCUGUGGAAUUUGAAAUCGAUGGAUCGAGAGCCGGCUCCGGAAACUUGGAAAUCCUCGUGAACGGAGGUCACGUUACCAGUUUCGUGAGAGCGCUAGGCAGUCAGCGUUUCUUGGCAUCGUUCGUGCCACAUGAAGCGGUCACGCAUUUAGUGGAGAUGACGUUCAACGGCGAAGUUAUUCCUGGAUCACCUUGGCGAGUCGGCAUAAUGCCCGCACCGAAGAUGUCAGUCAUCGGUGAUUCCAUCAGGCUGGUUCCUGCUGGUAGUCCUGCUCUCUUCGAGCUGUCCGCAUUAGGCUUCAGGAGCAGUGAGAUUGACGUGCAAAUUAUAACACCCUCGAAGAGACACAUUCCCGCGAGGAUCGAUGAGGAGCCAGGACGAUCCGGCGAAUUUCGCGUCGAAUUCACGCCGACUGAAGUGGGUAGUCACCUCGUGGAAGUCAGCAUCGCGGGACAAAAGCUACCGGCAGGGCCGCUCGUCGCCAAGGUCUACAAUAGCAGUUUGAUCCAGGUUACUGACGUACCUAGCGCCGUGGUAGGUCAUGCCUGUCAAUUCAGAGUGGAUGCCAGCGCUGCUGGGGAAGGCCAACUGGAGAUCUCCAUAAAUGAAGGCGAGGUGCCCAAUCACGUGCAAGUAGUGGGUGGCGGCCGUUGUCUCGUAUCUUUCACGCCUGAAGUCGCGAAACCGCAUUACAUCGACAUCAAGUUUAACGGAGAAGCGGUACGCGGAUGUCCUUUCGUCUGCAACGUCUCGGACACGAGCAGAGUCACGUUAAGUUUGAAUCAUUUGGAGUUAAUCCCCGUCGAUCAGCCCGCCAGUUUUCACAUGGGAGUUGACGGAAGCGGAAGCGCGGAGCUCGCGGUUUCCGUAAGGGGACCGAACAAUGAACUGCCGGUUAAAGUAACCGGUGACAUAAGCAGCGGUUUCACCGCGGAGUUUAUACCAAGGGACGUAGGCGUGCACUCAAUUAGUGUGGAAUAUAACGGCUACCCCGUGAACGGCACGCCGUUCUUAGCCAAGGCUUUUAACGCGGACAAAGUGCUAAUUGGGCCAGUAGCCAGAGGCAGUGUCGGCCAACCAACCCACUUCACUGUCGACGCGAGUCAAGCUGGCGAAGGAAACCUGGAGAUCACAAUCUCUGCUCGUGGCCAAAAUAUACCAACGCAAGUGACUCCGCAGGGGAACGCACGGUUCUCCGUCAGCUUUGUACCAUUCGAGGCGUGCGAGCACGUGAUCAACAUCGCCUUCAACAAGAAGACUGUGCCGGGCUACCCCAUAGUGACGCGUGUAGGUGGUGAUAGCCACGUAACUGUGAGUGGGCAGGCGUUAAGCAGCGCUGGAUUAGGACGGCAAAGCUAUCUUACCGUCAGUAACGUUGCCGGUAGCUUGGAGGAUUUAGAAGUUAAUGUUGAAGGACCCAAUGGACAGGCCGUACCUGCUCAGGUCACUGACAACAAAGACACGACAUGCAGCGUGGCCUUCACACCGAGAGUCGUCGGAGAACACCGUAUAUCGGUGAGCCAUCGGAACAUUCCGGUGGUCGGCAGCCCCUUCAGCUGUAAGGUGUAUGACGUCACCGCGAUUAAAGUGAAGGAUGCCAAGCGAGGCGUCAUCGGAAUGCCCGUGACUUUCUUGGUCGAGACUAGUCAGGCGGGACCAGGAAACCUCGAGGUCACCGUGAACGGCGGACGAGUGCCAACAUCGGCACAGGCUCAGGGUCCUCACACAUACGCGAUUUCUUUCACUCCGCGUGAGCCAAUCGUGCACACCGUGGACUUGCGGUUCAACGGAGAGGAUGUGCCUGGCAGUCCGUUCAGUUGUCAGGUCAGCGAUACCGCGAAAGUGCUGAUAACCGAAGGACUCGAGAAAGUAUCUGUGAAUCGUGUCGCGACCUUCACAAUAGAAGCCGACGCGUCUUUCGGGACACCGGUCGUCGAGGUGCUGUCUCCCACCAGAGAGAGUUUACCCGUACACAUUAAGCAAAAUAGUCACGGCACUUACACCGCUGGAUUUACACCGAAAGACGUUGGCGACCACAGCGUUGAAGUGAAACUCAGCGGCUCGCAUGUGGAAGGUAGUCCAUUCCUCGUCAAGGCUUAUAAUGCUGACAAAGUUAAAGUGACGGAUAUAAAUAGUGGCGUCGUCGGGAAACCGGUGUUCUUCAGCAUUAAUGCCAGUCAAGCCGGAGCGGGAAACUUGGAGAUCAUAGUCGCAGUGAACGGCAAGAAUGUCCCGAAUUACGUGCAAAGCGAGGGCAACGCCAAGUUCAGGGUCAACUUUAAGCCGCAGGAAGCCGCCGUGCACAGCCUUAGCGUUCGUUUCAACGGAGAACCGGUUCCAGGUUCACCGUUCAGUUGCAAGGUGGUAGGCGCGGGUCAAGCGGUGAUCUCCGGUCACAAUCUAAAGAUGAGCGCCGUGAAGCGACUGGUGUCCUUCACUGUGGAUCCGCAAGCCCCAUCCAUGAAUUGCGACGUUAUUGCGAUGCCACCGUCGGGUAUCGCUCUGCCUAUCACUAUCGAGCCCAUCGACGGCAAGUACAAUGUGAGCUUCGUCCCUACAGAGGUCGGCAGACACAACGUCAGCGUCUUGAUAGACGGAGAAUCGAUCAAGGGAGCUCCGUUCGCGUGUAAUAUUUACGACGUGACUAAGGUUCACGUGUCGGGUCUUAUGGAGGCGUUGCUGGGUCAGGCGACCACGUUCACCGUCGACGCCGCGGAAGCCGGCGAAGGAACCCUCGAGCUGGUAGUGAGCACAGAAAAUAACACGGUUAAAGCCGAGGUCGUGGCCUGCGCACGCGGACUGUAUGACGUUACGUUCGUGCCGCAAACGACGAGCACUCACUAUGUUAACAUCAGUUUCAACGACGAUAAUGUUCCAGGGAGUCCGUUCAAAUGUCCUGUCGUUAGUGGCAUGUUACACGGUCCAUCGAUGGUUCGAGUUGGUAACACAGCUUACAUCGAUCUGGACAUGUCCGACUUGAAUGGUCCUGUAGCGGCGGAGGUUACCGGCCCAGACGGAAUAAUCAUCCCGUGCACGUUAACAAAAUUAUCAUCCAGCUUGUACCGCGUGGAAGUUCGAACACGACAAGUAGGGACCUAUAAUAUAAUAUUCAACGACGGACAUAAGGUAGUCAGUUCACAAACACUUCAAGCCUUCGAUCCCGGCAAAGUUUCCAUCAAGGAAGUGGCAGAUGUAGUGUGUCAUCGACCCGGAACCAUUUUAGUCGUCGCGUCGAAGGAAGCCGGUCCCGGCAAGUUGUCGGUCAAUGUGCGCGCUGGCGGUGCGGACGUGGACAGUUUGGUGAGAGAGGGAGACAAUGGUAUCUACGAGAUUGUGUUCCAUCCUACGCGUGCCGCGCCUCACAGAGUUCACAUAAAGUACAACGAGGUUCAUAUUCCAGGGAGUCCACUGGACGUGACAGUGCGUGGUCCUACCGGAGGACGAGAAGUGACGGCGACAGGAUUGGGCUUGUAUCAAUCAUGCGUCGGCAAAGUGACGUCGUUCACGAUUGAGACCCUCGGACGCCCGGGCAAAGAGUUCGACGUCGUUAUCAGCGGUCCGCAGGGUAACGCUGUGCCUGUACGUUGUUACCAGCAUCGCGACGGCAAUUUGCUCGCCGAGUUCACGACGAAUUCUGUCGGUACGUACAAGAUCGACGUGCUGCAAGGAGCCAAGCCCGUAUUGGGCUCGCCGUUCUUCUGCCAGGCCUUCGACGCUGCCAAGGUGAAGCUUCAGGAGCUAGGUCCCAUGACGAUUUCAGUUCACGACCACAUCGCCUUCAAACUGAUGAAAGCCGAUGCCGGCAUGGCCGACCUGGACGUGACGGCGACUAGCCCAUCAGGCCAGGAGAUCCCGUUGCAAGUGACUCCACUCAACGACGGCGCCGAGAUGAUAGAGUUCUCGCCCAGCGUGCCCGGCACUUACAUGAUCAACGUCACUUACGGUGGGUGCUCUGUGCCUGGAAGUCCAGUGGUAUGCACCGUCGACGCAGCAGGCCAGGCACGCGCGAAAGGCGAGGGUUUGCUGAGCGGUCACGUAGGUAAACCGGCGCAUUUCAUCGUCACCGGCACAAGGAGUCCACCGGCGGUUCAGGUAGACGGCCCGGACAGUGUUUCCAAGGCCACUAUUGAAGCCGGUGCUAAUCCGGGCACGUGGAACGUGUCGUAUGUGCCGACCGAAGUUGGCGUGUUCGACAUAAGAGUCGUCUCCGCUGGACAACAACUGCCGGGAUCUCCUUGGCAUCCGAAGAUCAUAGACACACGGAAUCUUCGAGUUAUCGGUGGGUGGUCCGCUGUGUGCGACGACAUAGGUCGUUUGAAAUUACAUCCUUCGAACAAGAUCAGUUUCGACACUGCAGAGGCCGGGCCCGGCGAAAUCAGUGGGACUAUCGGCGAUCAUCCGCUGGGCUUCGAGAUGUCAUCCAACAACAGGUUGAAGCUCGUUCCGCCACAAAUCAGCGGCGGCGAACAUCGACUAGAGAUACUCUUCAACGGCACACCGUUUCCCGGCGCGCCGAAGCUCGCAGUCGUCCAGGAUUUGGAGCCACCGGUGCAGGACACAAGUCGAGUGUUGCUGAAAGGACGAGGACUCACGUCGGCCAAGUGCGGCGAGGAAGUCAGUUUCACCAUAGACGGCUCUCAAGCCGGCAACGGAACCCCGAAAGUCCAACUGUUCUCACCUACAAGCGAGCUCAAUGUCAUGUUACAACAUCUAGGCGACAGCGUUUAUCGCGCGAGCUACAUACCGUUAACGCCGGACCCACUGCUGAUGACCGUCUCGUGGAACGGAAGGCAGUUGAAAGGUUGUCCCCUGCAAAUUAACGUUACGAGCGCGGCUGACGCGUCCAGAGUCGUCUGUUCCGGGGACGGACUGAAGCACGGGGUCGUCGGGCAAGAAAUUCGGAGCUUCAUCGAUACUAGAAGAGCUGGACCAGGCGAGUUAACGGCACACUGCGUCGGGCCGCAUAAGGUAGCAUACUGCGAGCUGUACGAUCAUGGCGAUGCUACUUUCACAUUGAAUGUGAAACCUCAAGAAGCGGGACGACAUGCAUUAACAAUCAAAUAUGCCGGAGAACACGUCCCUGGAUCUCCAUUCACGCUGCGGGUCUCUGGUGCUCCGGAUGCUUCAAAGGUGCGCGUUUACGGUCCGGGAAUCGAACACGGUGUGUUAGCAACCUUUCAGUCACGAUUUAUCUGUGACACACGAGGCGCUGGCGCCGGCCAACUCACGGUGAGGGUGCGAGGACCUAAAGGAGCGUUCAGGGUGGAGAUGCAGAGGGAAACGCAGAAAGACCGAAUCAUUCUCUGUCGGUACGAUCCGACGGAACCCGGCGAUUAUAGAGUGGAGGUUCGUUGGGCCGGCGUGCUCGUGCCGGGCUCUCCGUUUCCGGUUAAAAUCGUCGACACGCAGGACGAAUUAUUAAUGCUCACACAGGGUGGAGAUAAUUAUUCGACAGGCCAUCAUACUAUCACAUCGUGGCGUGGAUCGCAAGCUAUACUGUAGAGACGCCGAGUCUAACAUUGUUAUUAUUUUGUAUGGACUAAUAUAUUCCAUAAUAUAUAAUAAUUAUUGUAACUUAUGUAAACAUUUUCAAUAAACACAACAUUCGGCAGUUA